AUGGCUUCGGCAUUCGAUCGGCAUUCGAUCGUGGGCGCCAAGAACAUCAACCGGUCGCUGUCUGCCCUGGGCAACGUCAUCAACGCCCUGACCGACAAGAACUACUCGCACGUGCCCUACAGGGACUCCAAGCUGACCAGGGUCCUGCAGGAGUCGCUGGGCGGCAACGCGAAGACCUCGCUCAUCAUCACCUGCUCUCCGUCCAGCAUCAACGAGCAGGAGACGACCAGCACGCUGCGGUUCGGGCAGCGCGCGAAGAUGAUCAAGAACGUGGUCAAGAUCAACCACGAGAGAUCCGCGGAG